AUGAAGUUCUCCAAGUAUGUAACGUUGCUUGUCUGUGCUGUAUCUCUGCAGAUAUGGGGUUGCCUCUCAAUUGAAAUAGAAAAUUAUUUUUACCAUCUUCAGAGCUUUGUGGAUGACAUUGGUCCGGGGAAUUACAGCUACUUCAAGCUGUCCAGACAAGGGAAUGUGCGAAUAUUUGUGGAAACACUGGAAGGAGAUGCAGAUAUUUAUGUGUCGGAGACCAACUCGAAGCCCACUUUUGAAGAUUACGAUUUCAAAUCUGUCACUUGUGGUGAAGACUAUGUGGAUAUUCCCGACAGCUUCAAAAGACCUGCUGCCAUAGCUAUUUAUGGACAUCCAAGGUUUUCAGAAACCAAAUUCAGAUGUUCUGUCUAUGUGGAUACCAGGGAUCUUGCACAGAAUGAUCCAGAGCAGCAGCAUUUUGAAACUACUGAAGAUGAGGAACUUACAGGAUGGCACUUUCUCCUCAAAAUACUUGAGUUUGUACUAGAUGUAGCUCUCUAG